AUGUCAUCAGAAGCACACACAAGACCAGAAUUAGAAGAUUCGGGCAUUGUUGCCGUUAAAGGUUCAUCGCAUCAUAAUAAUACGAGGCCUAAGAGAAGGGUCCCGAGAGAGGUUCGAUUUGGAUGCUACGUCCUAGGAGCGACGCUAGGAGAGGGCGAGUUUGGCAAAGUUAAGCUCGGCUGGAGAAAAGACGGCAAGCAGCCUUCACAAACAGCAAUAAAGCUGAUUAGACGGGAUACCAUUCCACAGGGAUCGGAAAGAGAGAACAAAAUCCACCGUGAGAUAAAUGCCUUGAAACGCCUGCGCCACCCGAACAUUGUGAGACUAGUGGAAGUUCUCCAGAAUGAGAAAUAUGUGGGUAUAGUGUUGGAAUAUGCAUCGGGAGGUGAGCUUUUUGACUAUAUAUUGGAGCACCGGUGCCUCAAGGAGGCAACAGCUUGCAGACUGUUCGCACAGUUGGUGUCGGGAGUGGACUACAUGCAUUCGAAAGGCCUGGUUCACAGAGACUUGAAACUGGAAAACUUGUUGCUCGACAAGCACAAGAAUAUCGUGAUCUCGGACUUCGGGUUCGUGAACUCGUUCAGAAACCACACAGAUCUGAUGAAGACAAGCUGCGGAUCGCCGUGCUACGCCGCCCCGGAGCUCGUGGUGUCGAACAAGCCGUACAAGGGGACGAAAGUGGACGUUUGGUCGUGCGGAGUUAUACUAUACGCGAUGUUGGCGGGGUACUUGCCGUACGAUGAUGAUCCACAGAAUCCAGACGGGGAAAACAUUGCCCGUCUUUAUCGGUACAUCACGACGACGCCGCUUACAUUUCCUGAGUAUAUAACGCCUACACCCCGAGAUCUACUCAGAAGAGUGAUAGUUCCGGACCCAGGUAGAAGGCUGUCUCUAAGGCAGGUGAGAUCUCAUCCGUGGUUGGCACCACAUGCACCAUUCUUGUCGGUGACUCCUGUUGAGUGGGAUCGGAACUACAACACGGCCAGGUUGAUGAUUAACUCAACCGACAGAGCACACCAUCGGUAUUCUCUCAUGGAGACACCGAUGGCCAUGCAGACUUCGAGAAGAGCAGCCUCGUUGAUGAUCAACCCGCAUUCGAUAAGAUCGUACAGCUCAGGAAAAGCAUCUUCAUCGUUUUUAUACUCGCACCCCGCUGCACCACAAACAUCCAAGAUGGUUGCCAUCUCGUCCUCUCCUUCCAAAGAGAGCGGCGAAGGCUCGGCAACGGAAAAGGCAGCAUUGCUUGGUGAUGAGCCCGGAUACAGGGAGGCGGAUGGAUACGAGGAUGAGGAUGAAGAUGAGGACAUGGAAAGCAGAGAGGACCAGGAGCGUAGAAAACACGAAAAACCACGGUGGAAAACGAAGUCUUCGAGGCCGAUAUCGGCAGCAGUUGUUCCGCAGAGCCACCAAUCGCAUCGUGGGGAGCCGUUCCCGCGGUACUACCACCGGCAGAGCAACUCGACGGCCAGUAUUGCGUUGCAGGCCGUGGUGGAGAAGGACAACGCGGAGCAUUCGAGGCGAAACAGUCUUUUGUACACGUCGCAGGUGCAGCACGACCAGCAUAGCUUCCCGAAGCCACUGGCUUUGGCUGGAUACACAUCCUACGAGACGAAAAGAGGUCUCCAGAGAGAUAGAAAGCAGCCUGGCAGCCCGGCAAUAUCGACAAAGUACCACCCUCGGGCAGUUCUGGUGUCCAGGCCUCGGCCAACAUCUUUCCAUCCUGGAAUGGCGGCACCCUCGUCUAUUCAGCUUGGUUCCAGAGACUUAUCCUUCAUGGUUCCCCAGUCUGGUGAGGUGAACCCAAAGAGCUCUCUGGCAACUUUAUCGACAUCCAAGUCGAACCGGAACUCGUGGUGCCAGCCGAAAAUCAGCGAGCCCGCCUUGGACAUGAGUAUGGUGAGUGGAGUGCUCACCAAGCUGGACAGUAUGAGUCUGACUGAGAGUGAGGGCAGCUCGAGUCCCCGGCAGCACGAGAAGAGACGCUCCAUAGCAUUGGAUUCGCUUUCUACCGCGAUGGAGAUUUUCUCUGUGUCGGAGAAGAACGAGGAGUUGGUUGAGGACGAGAAGCUGGGUCUUGAGGGUGUAAACACAGACACUUUAUUGGGAAAAGAGCGUGCUUUCGGUGACAAGCGUUCUGCAGGGGAUGAUGCCGAGAAGACGUACAGGGAGAAGGAGUUACAGGCCGAAAGUGGAGAGGGAGCAAACAGAACAGAGAGGGAAAGAGCAGAGAGAGAAAGAACAGAAAGAACACAAAUUACGCAAAGGCAUCCAGCCAGCUCCAAUCGGACAGUUUCGUCUGAAUCUCAUCAUCACCAUCACCAUCACCACCAUCACCAUGCGACCCAGAGCGAGGACUACCAGAAAAUAUCUGCGGACAGUCAGGGCCACGUGUCACGGAUGAAGACAAGUGGCUCGGAGAAAGAAAAUAGAAUGUCAAUCGGCACCUCAAUGAGCAAUAAAUUCAAGCGAUUCAGUCUUCUCAGCUUCUACAACCGCGAAUCCAGCAGUAGCCCCCACUACACGAGCCAGAAUGCCACAAAGCAUCUGUCCAUGGCUGUUGGCGGACAUAGGGACCGCGUUAAUGCAGGCAGAAGACCCUUGGUGCAAAGAAAUGGUGAGGCUGUUGGAGAUGAUGCUAAAGAGCAACCGUCAACGGCAAAGAGAGUGAUGGAUUUCUUCAGGAGGAGAAGCAUUCGCAUUUAA